AUGGCGGUUGAAACACGGAAAGCAGAGAUUCUGAAGUUGCAUGGUAAAGCGGCGCGGAAGGAAGAAGCCCUUCGACUUGCAGAUCAACAGCUGACAAAGGAAAUGCAGAAGUUCGACGAGUUUCUACGGGCCACAGACCAGCGAGCACAUAUGGCGAUGAAGGAGGCAGACGAAGUGGGGCGCAUCAAGAUGGAAAAGCAGCAAACCAUCAAAGAGCUUCAUGAGCGCCUCAGUGCCUGCAACGCAAGAAUAAGCAAAUACGAAGAAAUCGUGCAGGAAGGAAAGAUGUAUAAGAGCUUUUUGGACAAGCUGUCUCCGCCAGCCUGGCUGGAGGAACAGGAGAAAAAAAGGAAAGAACGCAUCGCGACGAAGAGAAAAGAGUGGGCGGAGAAGCAACUGAGGCUGCAGCAGGAGAGAGUACAAAAGGACAUGAAAGAUAUCGAUUCUGAGACAUUCGAAAAGAUCUGUGAGCUGGAGGAGAAGAAACGAAAAACAGGCAAGCCUUUCGAUGAAGACGGCGAGGACGAUGACGAGGAGCUGCCAAUGUACUUCACGGAGCCUGAACAGCUUCUGGAGUUGUUCCGUCAACUUGAAGAACAGAACCUGUUUCUAAUUCAGAAUGCUCAAGAGAACGAAGCCGCUUUAGAAGACGUUAUCGGGAAGUUUGAGGAGACAAAACAGCAAAUGGACAAACGAACCGAGGCCCUUGACUCACUAAUCAGGCAGCUGCAAGAGCAAGUCAAGACACAACAGCAAAUAUGCGGCAAACUGCAAACGACACUUCAGAAGAAGAAGAGUGAACGAGAAGAGAAGAUGAUUUUCCAGCAACUCACAAAUAAGAUCGGAGAGGUCCAUGCAAUAUGUGGCUAUGAAGGCGACGCUGCCAAUGAUGCUAUUCGCAAACUCGAACAGAUCGAAACGAAGAUGGAAGAGUACCUAGCAAUCUUGGAUAGAUAUGAAGGUUCGACUAUGCGUGUCCGCCUAGUGCCGCGUUCCAGCUGGCGGCAAAGCAAAGAGAUUACAACAGAUUGCGCCUGUUCGCACCGAAGCCUGAGAAGCUGUGGCAGACCAGCAGCUGAGCUAGGCACAAAAGCGACGGUCGAGUCACGCAUGUCACACUAUUUCUUUGUCAUGGACAACGCUCAGAAUGUGGCCUUUGAUGACGACUGA